AGGACAAACGCAAUUUUCUCUUCACUUUUGCUGUUUUCUUGAGAUAAAAUCAUGGUAUCGCACUCUCUCGCUUUACCGAUGAUCUGCUUCACGACGUUAUGGGGCCUGGUCGGCGUCGUGGCUCCGUUUUUAGUGCCAAAAGGACCAAACAGAGGAGUGAUUGUCACCAGUCUGAUCCUCACGGCCAUCUGCUGUUAUUUAUUGUGA